GUGUAUUUUCGGCUUUGUCAGGAGAUGAAACAGUCAAUUUUAAAAUGAAUAGGCGAAACAACAUUUUAAAGAUCUUAGAUCUAUAGGUUGUGAAGAAACAGUUAUUUCGGAUUUUAGAUGACUUUGGAUUUUUUGCAACUUUUCGUGACAUAACUGUUCGAGAAAUAUUCAAAACACUUGAUCAAUGUGUUUAUACAAUGUAACAGGAAUUUAGAAAACAAUAACAGAAAGUAGAUCUUAGUUAGAAACUAUGGAUAUACGUACAUAUUUACUAAUCCUAUUUAUAGUAACAUUAGUGGACAUAAUAUCGCACGUGCAGGGGUCGGGAUCACUUUAUGACCCGCCAAACAGAGCUGUGAUGUGGAAAUACGGCUUUCACACACAGAAAAAUUAUAACUAUAUGCAACUUAAUUGUGGGGGUGUCAAGCAACAUGAAAAUGGACCUUUUAAAUGUGGUGUGUGUGGCGACCCAUAUAAUUCAACAAGACCACAUGAAAAGAAUGGUAGAUAUGGGUUGGGAAUGAUUAGCAGAUAUUAUCCUGCAGGAAUAAAAGAAAUGCCAGUGAAAGUUGAACUGCUUGCGUUUGAGAAGGGAUUUUUUGAAUUUCGAAUAUGCUCGGCUGAUAAUAACGAGGUGACACAAGAAUGCCUGGACGAAAAUAUUCUACCUAUUAAAGAAGGUUACCUUGCCGGAACGCCUUUACGAUUUUUUCCGAAAGGUGCCGGAGAUUUCCGACUGACUGUGGCAAUACCACCCAAUAUGACAUGCGACAGAUGCGUUCUACAAUGGCGAUAUCAUACAGCCAAUAGCUGGGGCACGGACCCUGUGACUAAAGAGCAAGGUUUGGGUAUGGGACCACAGGAGGAGUUCCGGAAUUGUGCAGAUAUUCGUAUUGGUGGAACGAUUCCAAACAGUGUUCGAGAUAACCCAUUCUUUGCACCACCAGAUGCACGACCAGGUUCAGCAAUAGACAAACCAACGGACCAACGAAAGAGGUUGGCGUCUCAGAACGGAAGUAUAUCAAUAACUUCCGGUGGCAUUCACAGCGCUUCCGGUGAAUGGAAAACAAGUACAACCAGCGAAAAACGCAUUCAGAUACCUGACGUUAAUCACGGCGGAAAACGAGUUUCAAACAAACAGACAUCAUCCGUGAAAGGACAAGUAACGUCAGGAUUAAGCCUUAUGCCAAUAGUUAGUGGGACAGCUGGUUCUGGUGACUUAAAUCAAGGAUCUGCAUCAAUGCAACAACCCAUCAUUCACCAAAAUGAUAUUAAUGCAAAGCAGCUUAACGGACACUUUUCUCUGGACAAUGUGCUGCAUGAUACAUCAAAAAACAAACAAAAUGUGAAACAAAAUACAUCUAGUGGUACAGUUGAUAUCAUUGGGCACCGUAAACAGAUUGGAAGUCUGCACCUGGAAGGUGCUGGAAGCCAAAUGAGUAGUGGACCAGAAAUCAUGGUAGGCAUGGGCAGCCAUUUGAUACAAGGAAGUGGAGGCAUGACCAGUCACAUAAGACAAGACUCUGCUUCCACAGGAGGCACUGACAGACGCAUGACUCAAGGAUCUGGCUCCAGUGUAGGCAUGGACAGUCAUAUGACCAGUCUAUCUGAGUCCACUGGCGGUAUGGGUAGUCAUAUAAGGCAGCAUACUGAUUCCACGGGUAUUGGUGCCAUCCGAAGAAUGCAAGGAACUGGCUCCAUUUUAGGUAUGGACAGUCACAUGACCAGUCUAUCUGAUUCCACUGGCGGUGCGGAUAGUCAGAUAAGGCAGCACACUAGUUCCGCUGGAGGAGGUUUCAUCCGGAACAGUCAGAUAAGGCAGCAUACUGAUUCCGCAGGUACUGGUGCCAUCCGGAAAACGCAAGGAACUGGUUCCAUUUUAGGCAUGGACAGUCACAUGACCAGACUAUUAGAUCCAACCGGCGGUGUGGAUAAUCAGAUAACGCAGCAUACCAGUUCCGCUGGAGGAGGUUUAAUCCGGAAGAAGCAAGGAACUGGCUCCAUUUUAGGCAUAAACAGUCACACGACCAGUCUAUCUGAUUCCACUGGCGGUGUGAAUAGUCAGGUAAGGCAGCGUACUGAUUCCGCAGGUAUUGGUGCCAUCCGGAAGACGCAAGGAACUGGAUCUAUUAAAAGUUCGGACAGUAACUUGUUUGGUGAAACUAGAUUUACUGGGCAUGCAUUGAAUGUAGGAACAGGGGACUCGUUGUCUUCCGGCAUGACUCAAAACGCUCAAAGAACUUUCGACUCAGUAACGUCCGGAACAGGCGAUAUGAACACAUUUGCUGAUCGAGGAAUGUCAAUCCAAUUACAAGGGGCACACAAGGAAAUUGAAAGUUUUCUGUCAGGAAUGUCUACUGACCAAAUUGCAGGCUUAAUUGACCGUGGCCAGAUAUCCCAUGGAAUGCGCGGAAAAUUGGUAGGAAGCACUGAUGGCCACAUUUCUGUUGGAGCUGACGGUCAAAUGGGCGUAGCUGAUGGCAUUUCAGCUAGUAAGAUAAGCCGCAAGACAAGUAUUAGAGGUCACGCUACGAGACAUACUGGCGAUCAAGUGCCAAAUUCUGGAAUUCAAACCCAGUUUAGAAUAGAAGGGCAAUCAAUGAUAGGUGGAAUUCAUUCACAGACAAGUCCGGGUCAUGACAACAUAGCUCUUGAUGGUAGAGCUUCUGGUAUUCUAGACUCAAGUGCAAGUGGUAAAAAUGUACCUUCCGAUUCAAUUAUUUCUUUUGGCUCUCCUGGGCAAGGAAUAGGAUCAGUUAGACGUACAGUAGACAUACAAAACCAAGCUGACAUAACUGGAGCCAUUGGACCAGCUCCAAAACCAGAAAAGAAGUCUAGUAUAUCAAUAGAAGGUGCUAGAAUUUCAAAGAAAAUACCAGGGUCAAAUACUGGUAAAAUGAAAGCAGCAACUAGAUCUGGAUUUGCUAUAUCCGGCGACCGAACUGUUUCUAAUAACAUGAACACCGGUACUAGACAAUCGGAUAAAAACAUGCAACAAGCUGUCCAAUCAACUUUUGCCAGCGAUGGUAUGGUGGUAGGUCAGUCUGGAAAUGCAGAAAGUGUAGCUUCUGGUGGUAUUGAAAGAUCACUGGCAUUUGGAAAUGUGUUUACUGACUUGACAGUUGAUGGUAGUCAGUCAAACACUAUAACAGACAAAAUUAACGCAGGUUUAGAAACAAAUUUUGCUGCCCAAAAUGUUGCAUUUACAGACAAACAGAAGCCUGUUGAAACUGCUGGUACAAGUAAUGUUGAUAUGAAUAUGCACUCAGUUGGGAAAAUAAUUGCAACGCAACCAGUCAUUGGCCUAGUGCAAUCAGGUAAAAGAGAUAUCCUAUCAAGUGGAAAGAAUGAGCCACCUCUUACAAUUUCUUCUUUAAAACCAAACAGUAACAUGCAGCGUAUUUUCCUUGUAAGAGCAAGUAGACCGAAUACAGUUCUUUUAUCUAAUUCUGCUGAAGGUUCAAAUGGUGGAAUGACAAUAUCAGAAAGUGUACAGCCCGAUACUGGUAUUGUUCGUACGUCUGCAGAAAAAGCGAGUUCCGCUACAGGUAAAACAUUAUUAAAAGAGAAAACAAAACUUAUUGAGACAGGGAAGAUAUCUCCGAAUAAUGCUGCAAUUAAGUUAUCAACUAGCCAAAGACAAGAUACAACAUCUUCUGAACAUUCCAUUGUUCCUUCUGAGAUAGGUGUGAACAGUCUGAAUCCAUCUCCUGAGUUAGACUUUGCUUUAGGCGGUCCAGGCGUUGAUAUGAUCACAUCGGAAGUAAUUGAUCCUUUAAGAACACAAAUGGUACGUUCAGAUGGUCUUAUUGCUGGGGAACAUAAACUUUUACCAAGUGGAAACACUGUUACCAUUACAGAAAAGAACCUUGAUGCUACGUCAGGUCAUACGUCUACUAAAAGCGGAGGCGCUGUGAUGAAUGACGUAGAUGCAUUUAGAAAUGAACUGGUAAAAAAUUCCCUAAUACAGGGUGGUGCAUUACCAGCUAACCAGGCCGCACUCAAAACAAACGCACAUACAGAUGUUGCUGCUAGUCAUGCAAGCACGGCACAAAGCGCCGGCUCAAGCAAUAUUGCUGGAACAAAUCUUCUUGCAUCAAAUGAAAUUGGCGGAAAAACAGGAGCUACAAGUUUGGACCAGACAGUUAACGAAUUAUUGAUCGAAGCUCAAAGGAUUUUAAGCAGUACAGCAGAUAUAACAAAUGCACAAACAGCUACUGAUACAGCUCCUGCAGGAAGUGUGGUCAAGGCAGCAGCUGCAAGUUCAAAAACACAAGACCAUAGUCAUGCAAAACCUGCUGCGUCUGCUACUGCAGUGCAGACAGGUACUUUAGGGCAUGUAGACAAACAAAAUACUAUACCAGCACUAUCACUUGAAUAUCUUCUAGGGGAACCUGCCAAAAGUUUGCAUGGCACAGAAGGUACUCAUGGACAUCAUGGACAUGAAUUGUCUGUAGGCAACACAAGAAGUGGUGGUUCUGCUGCAAAGGAACACACUAUGUUAUCAACUGCUGAAUCCAUGCGUAAUUCGUCACCAGAGGGCCGCCAUGAUACAAGUGGUAUUACAGGCGUAGGUACGGAUGCUUCACAGCACUCCGCCGGAUUUCAUUCUAAUGUUGUUUCUGCUGGCCAUAUGUCACAUCUGACAGCUGAUUCAUCAUCUGCGAGUAAAAGACACAAUGUUGCACCCCUCUCAACAACAGGAGACAAUACAAACAGAAGAUCUUCCCUUAAUAUUGGACAUAUAAAUAAUGAACAGUUGGCAUCACACACCAGUGCCCGUGGUGCAGAUAUUGGUGUUGAUGCUCAUGCUUCACUGUUGUCUAAUUUAGACAUCUUAGGACCCGAAACAGGAAUUUUAUUCAAGGGCACAGGUAGUCGGAGUGCAUCAAAUGUGAAUCAAAUUAACACAAAAUCUGUACCUGGGACUGAAUCAGUUGCAGGAAUUCUAUCUGAUAUAGGUAUGGAUACGGUAUUUGCAAAUACGCCAAGACCUGAUCAAGGCGCGGCAAGCGUUGACCAUUUAGGAGACGCUGGAGUUGCAAAUGUAAUUAGGCAAAACGCAGCAAUCGGAACUGCAAGCAGUGGAGCAAGCCAGCUUUCUGGCAAAAAUGAUAUAACAGGAGGUGGCUCAGACUUUGGUCGUGGUGCGUUAAAAAGCCAACAGUCCGUUCAAUCCGGAUCUAAUAAAAUUGAAAGUGUAUUGACUGGUACAGCGACCUCUAAUACACCUGGUGGCAGGUCAGCUAACACUGGUUCAAGUAUAGAUAUCGGCGCUGAUUCUCGGCUUGGUGGAAAUGUAAUUGAUUUUAGUUCCAGUAGUUUAAGUAGUAAACAGUCAUCAGCCGGUACAGGUUUAGCACAAAGUCAGGCAUCUACAGAUGUAACUGAUAUAAAUCUUCUUUCAGCUAGUCAAACAUUAAGACAAAGACAUGGUAUAAUUCCCGAUCAUAUCGUUGGCGUACGUGGUGAUUUAGCUUUGACGCCAUUCGGUAGUUCAAGUCUUGAUUUGUCCACUGGAACUUCACCCAUAGGAGCUUCAGGGAACGUCAAUAUAAAAGAUACAUUUUCUUCAUCACAUAAGCAAGUUGAUCAGACAGUAUCUAGCAGCUCGCGAAGACGAAGAAUCAUUGGUAGAAAUAAUAAAGUGGCAGACGUAGGACAAAUUAGAUCGAUGCCAUCCGCAGCAAGUGCAAUGACAGAUGGUGCCAUCAUUGAACAACAGGUAAAUUCAUUUAAUCUUGACAACAUACCCAGUAGUGCAGUGAUUGGUGCAGGCGUACAAAUGACAGCGGACGGAGGACUGACCGCGGGUUUCGGACCAAGAGGAAGAAACAUGCCAGGAGAGAGAAUUAUAGGUGAGAGAAGGCUAACGUCUCGCGAAAACACACGAGCUGACGUUACAAGAGGCAGUAUUGCUGAAAGAACUCCAGGAUCACGAAGUGGAAGUUUAAGAAUGGUAACAGACCCAAGGACAGGAUUUCAAGCAAGGAUACCAACAGGAGAGAGACGUUCAGGAAAUAUUAGAGAUAGCAGCAUGGAAAGGGCAAGUGUUCAAGAUAGGCAUUCUCAUCGUUCUGACACUGCAGGUUCUGCAAGGCAACCAGUUUACUUUUUGGACAUGAGCGGAAGUGCAUCAUCUGACACAAGGAUGACUGAUAGGACAAAUGUAAGAGGGCUCCCAUUGUCAGAAAGAGGCAGUAGCUCCUCUGAAAGACGGGUAAUGGAAUUGAGAGAUCAUAGAAGAAGACUUGAUACAGCCGGUGCAGGAUUUGAAUCCAGAAUCGGAGACUCUACAUCUUUAGCCGAUACUAGUAUGAGGAUAAGGGAAGGCGAUUUAGGAAUGGAUUCAGGAAGGCGAACGGGUGCCAGUUGGGGAGGUGCGGGCUUUGAUUUAAUGAGGGGAAGCUCCGGAUCUGCAGUCGAUUCUGGCACAAGGUUAAGAGAAAACGAUGUUAGAACGGAUACUAGUAGACGAUCAGGGGCUGAGCUGGGAGGUACAGGAUUCGAUGUAAGAAUGGGAAGCUCUAGAUCUAUAUCUGGUACUGGUGCAGUGUUUAGGGAAAAUGGUUUAAGAUUGGAUUCUAGAAGACGAACAGGGGGUGAUCGAGCAGGUACAGGAUUUGCUACUAUAAUGCGAGGUGUAGGAUCUUCAUCAGAUACUGGAAUGGGGUUCAGGGAAGGCAGUGUCAACUCGGAUUCAAGAAGACGAAUGGGAAGUAGUCGGGGAGUUGCAGGAUUUGAUAUGAGAAUGGGAGGGUCAAGAUCCACUGUCAGUACUGGUACUGGGUUUAGAGAAGGCGAUUUUAGAGUGGAUGCGGGUCGACGAACAGGUGGUGAUCGGUCACGGGUACCAUCCGAUCUCAGAAUGGAAGUUUCGAGAUCUUCUGAAGGUACCGGUAUUGGUUUUAGAGAAGGUGGGUUAAGUCGAGAUUCUAGCAGACGAAUAGAGGGAGAAUUAAGGGGCGCAAGAAGGGGUGAUAUUGGACGGGAUGGAAGGCGAAGGUCUUCUAGACAUGAAGCAGUUUCGAGAUCUUCUGACGGUACAAGUAUUGGUUUUAGAGAAGGUGGGUUAAGUCGAGAUUCUAGCAGACGAAUAGAGGGAGAAUUAAGAGCCGCAAGAAGGGGUGAUAUUGGACGGGAUGGAAGGCGAAGGUCAUUUAGACAUGAAGUAGUGCCAGGUGGACGUAUGAGUUCUUUACGAAGACCGGCAAGUCCGACAGGUGUACCAUUAGGUGCACCAAUGGCUUCCACAGGUGGUUCAAUUGGUGGGGCAAUGACUUCAGUAAGUGGUUUUCCACAUGGAAUGACGUCAUUCGGUGGACCAUUCAUGGGCCCAGGAUCAAUCAUGGGUAGUUCAGUUCCAAUGAGUGGGCUACCCUUUGAUGAUGGAUUUGGAUCAAUGAGUGUUGGUCCAGACUUUGGACCAAGCUUUGGACCUGUUAUGGAACCGCCUGGAAUGGGUCCUGAUAUUGGUAUGCCGUUUUCACCUAUGGAAUUCGGUCCUCCUGGAAUGUUAUAAGUGGUGACAAAGUACAAUGAAACUAAGCUUUUAUGGUUCUUUUUCUAGAAACGUGAGCCAAAGACAAAUCUAUUUUUGCAAAUUUGUGCUUAAACUAUGGAUAUUACUGAAUAUCAUGUUGCAUCUCGAGAGGAAAAUUUGAAAGUUUGUUGCUAUUAUAUAACACCAGAAUAGGAAUCUUGAAAACAAUUUUAAUUGAAACUGAAAUAAAUUAGCUUUUUGGCAUAUCGAUUAUUGUAUAAUGAUGUGUCUCGCAAGAGUCAAUUGAAUGUAUGUAAAUAUUAUAUUUGGUAAAAUAAACGAUAAUCUACACUGCAAAAUAUUAAUUUUAAAACAAACUGUGCUGUUUAUGAUCAAAUUACAUUAAACGUUAGAAAGUUGC